AUGGUGGACUCACCAGCUUCGGACGACUCUGUUGUGACGGUGAUCAAUGUUGAUCAACAAAUAACAGACGACCAAAGCUAUGUGCAGCUCGUAAUGAGUAGAAGAGAAUUUCUCGGAAAUCAUUACAAACUGGCAAAGGAUAUCAUGCUGCAAAUCAUGAACUACUCUGAUCAAUGGCAUUCGGCCAAUAGUUCUGAAGAGAAAAAUAGAGUUGGAAAGGCCUUGGUUGAGAAGGUGUUGGCAAGGUACAUCCAUAAGGUUAACGAACUGGCGGGAGAGCACCAUAAAAAGUUCAAUUUCGACAAUCGCAUGCAAAAAUACAUCGCCGGCUGGUCUCAGAACAUAGCGAGUAUGGUCCAAGACUCGGGUGGCGAUAUGCAGAUUGCAAUCCAGCCUUCUCCCCAAGGAGGACCGAAUGCCAAACCAGUGCCUCUUAACAAUAUCCAAGAUGCGUUGAGAGAGUUCCGAAAAGCCUUCGGUAGAGCAAUCAAGCUUGAAAGUUGGGAAAACCAUGAUGUGAAUCCAGAUCUUCUCACUCGUGCCUUGAAAGAUAUACCUAAGGAGGAGAGAAGAGAAAACGCUCGAAUUAAAAUAUUCAAAAAGUACCAAAAAGUCAUAAUUGCCCAUAUUGGCUGCCAGAAGGAAUUUCUUGAAGGCUUUUUUGCGGAAGGAAUAAGAGACAUGGAUCCGCAUUUUACAUGGCGCCUGCAACUUCUCGAGGAUACUUGCCAGGAACACAUGGAGUUGUGUAAACAGUCGAGGGAUCUACUCAUAAUUAACUACAUGAAAAUCCUUGGGCACGCCGAUUUCUUCUUUCUCAAUAAGCUGGAUGAAGUCCUCUCCAAGUCUGGAAAGGAGAGAGUCGAAAAGCUUGGAUUCACAACGGCUGGUUUAUCAGAACCGGAAAUGCAGGAGAUUUGGAACAAGGCGAUGCAUCAAAUGGAUGCAGAGAGAGAGUAUAUCGAAAGUCGCGUAUAUAAACCAGUCACCAUCAACAACUGA